AAAAAAAAGAAAGAAACAGUAUAAUCAUCCAAGAGACAAAAGUAUACCAGUGCAAGCUAUAGAAAAAAAGUCUCGGUUAGAGGAAGUGACCGAGAAGAGAAGCCGAGCAUCCACCGCGACGUCUUGCCGAUUUGUGAGCCACACGCAACCCCCAACAGGACUAUUUCUAGGUCUGCUCUUGCCACUGUCUUUUCCUCUCUUGGCUUUCUCAUCCAGCAUCCCCACCCUAUCAGCGACCACCACCACUAGUCGACAAAGCCUCGUAUCAGGAGUCUAGCUCGAGACUCGUCAACAAUCAACUCCCGGAAGUCGGAGAUCGGCAGCAGCGGUAGAACAACAAAGCGGCUUAUCCCUUCUCCCGCGAGUCCCCGCCCCAAAAGGCCGCUCGACCGUUGUCCAUAGGGGGCCAAAAUCUCGUCACCGACUUGUCUCCUCGUGGGUAUAAAAGGAGCUGCUCUGGCCGCCAUCGAGCAACAUGUCAACGAUCCGAUGGAUAGAAACAGGCUUGCUCCGAUCCUCGACUGCGAAUUGGCUGAGCUCGAGAGGAGUGUCCCCGUGGAGCCAGGCGACCAAAAGGUCCUUCGCCGCGUCGAAGGGAGGAUCGGGCAUCAGCAUCAGGAUCGGUGGAUACAGACUUGAGACCAAAGCUUCGCAGGCCUGUUGCUACCUUGGCAAAAGGGACUUUGGCCUUUUCAAGUGGAGAACUCUUGGAGCUAGAAACGCAGACAGGAUGCCGAUCACCAUCGAGUCUCGUUACCCCCGAGUCGCCAAGCUGAUGGUGACCCAAGCCCCGAAAACCAGCCCCAACAGCAAGUACGAUACCUACGAUCGGAUCGCUGACACACCGGUCAUUAGUCGCCUGAACGCGCCCCUCGCCCCGAAAGUCCGAGCUUUCAUCGAAGAGGCUGUUAGGCUCUGUCGGCCCGACGACGUCUACGUGUGCGAUGGCAGCGACUUGGAGAACAAGCAACUGCUCAAGCUGCUUGAGAACAAGGGCACCAUACAACCCCUGCCCAAGUAUGACAACUGCUGGUGGGCCAGAACGAAUCCGGCCGACGUGGCUCGCGUUGAGAGCAAAACCUUCAUCUGCACCCCCAACAGAAGAGAGACCGUCCCGACACCUCGAACGGGAGUCAAGGGCACCCUGGGCAACUGGAUCUCCCCCCAGGAUAUGGACAGUGCCAUUCUGGAGCGCUUCCCCAACUGCAUGAAAGGCCGCACGAUGUACGUGAUCCCCUUCAGUAUGGGUCCAGUGGGCUCGGCCCUGUCGAAGAUCGGUAUCGAAAUCACCGACUCGGCCUACGUCGUGUGCUCGAUGCGCAUAAUGACCCGCAUGGGCGAGAACGCCCUCCGUGCCCUCGGCAGGGCUGACUUUGUCAAGUGCCUCCACUCGGUGGGCGCGUCGACCGGCAACGGCAGUGACAACGCGACCUGGCCUUGCGACCCCGAGCGCACGAUCAUACUCCACCGACCCGCGAGGAACGAGAUCGUCUCAUACGGCAGUGGCUACGGGGGCAACUCGCUACUCGGGAAGAAGUGCUUCGCGCUUAGGAUCGGCUCUACCAUCGCCCGUGACGAGGGCUGGCUCGCCGAGCACAUGCUGAUCCUCGGAGUGACGAAUCCUGAGGGCAAAAAGCGCUACAUCGCCGCGGCAUUUCCGAGCGCCUGCGGCAAGACGAAUCUCGCGAUGAUGAAGCCGAGCCUGCCGGGCUACAAGGUCGAGUGCGUCGGCGAUGACAUUGCCUGGAUGCGUUUUGAUGGCCACGGCAAGCUCAGGGCUAUCAAUCCGGAAAACGGCUUCUUCGGAGUGGCGCCCGGCACUAGCUCGGCCACCAAUCCCAACGCCAUGGCCACCAUCUUUCGAAACACCAUAUUCACCAACGUGGCCAAAACGAGCGACGGUGGGGUCUUUUGGGAAGGCAUGGAGAAGGAGGUACCCGACAACAUCCAGAUAACAGACUGGCACGGUAAGGCUUGGCAGCGUGGCUCCAAGACACCUGCGGCCCAUCCAAACUCUCGUUUCUGCACCCCGGCUAGCCAAUGCCCCAUCAUCGAUCCCGCCUGGGAGGACCCCCAAGGUGUGCCAAUCGACGCCAUUCUAUUUGGCGGUAGACGGCCCACGGGUGUGCCUCUGAUCUACCAGGCGCGUGACUGGCAGCACGGUGUUUUUAUCGGAGCUUCCAUGAGAUCCGAGGCCACUGCCGCUGCCGAGCACAAGGGCAAGGUAGUAAUGAACGACCCGUUCGCGAUGCGACCUUUCUUUGGCUACAACUUUGGCGACUAUCUGAUCCACUGGUUGAGCAUGUCGAGGGUUCCCAAUGCCCAGCUGCCGGCCGUAUUCCACGUCAAUUGGUUCCGCAAAGGUCCAAAUGGCUUCCUUUGGCCAGGAUUCGGGGAGAACUCGCGGGUUCUUGACUGGAUUCUGCGAAGAAUCGACGGAGAGGACGUGGCGGUUGAAUCACCCAUCGGCUACCUGCCGAAACCCGAAUCCCUGAACCUCGAGGGUCUCAGCGAGAAAAUCGACCUGCAAGAGCUGUUCAGCCUGCCCAGGGAGUUCUGGCAGAAGGAGGUCACCGAGCUCAGGGAGUACUUUGACUCGCAAGUCGGCCAGGACAUGCCGGAGGCUAUUCUGAAGGAGCUCAACAAGCUGGAGAGUUCUGUUGCCAAGUUGUAGAACUGGCGUUGACUAAGGAAGGGAUGAGUCGUCGUUUUACUUUUAUUGCUGCCUCUUCCUGUUCACUUGAGAUGCAGCUUAAUUUUUGUAGGUUUCCUUGAACCACUUUUUCUCGUCUGUUUGCUUCUUUGUAUAGAGCUGCUCCUUUGACGGUUUCGAACCAAAGUAUUGUACUCCAGGACGCUCGAAAACAUAGCGAAUAUUGAAAGAUUGUACAUAGUAUUAGUUUAACUUUACAUUCCAGUGAGACGAAACGAUUUUCGUAUUCAAUUGGUAUGGAAGUAUCUACGCGCGGGCACUUGUUACGCGACGAUUUACCACCUAAUAGACACAUUGUUGAACAUUUUGUUUUAUAAAGAAUGUGUGGGUGUGUGUGUGCGCCGAACGGAUGUGAUACUGUAAGUGUUAAAAUAAAGAUUAGUUUUUUAUUCAAGUAA